AUGGAAAACUCUGAUCAGGAAAAAGUCUCGGAUUCUGCUACUGAAUUUAAAGUUCCAGCACCUGUAAACACAAAAACACCAGAGUCGGUACCUCCAGUUCCUUAUGAAAAACCCGAUUGGAGUGAUAUAUCGAAGAUUGAUUAUGGUUUUGAAGUUAUAAAGGGUGGGCUUAGUGUGGAGAUAAUAGAUCUUCCAUCUAAAGAAUUUUUGGUUCUUGACAGUGCGCAUGGAACCAGAGUAAACAAACAACAAAUAUCAUCGCGGAAUUAUAUCCGACUUCGUGUUGGUGACCAGAUAAAGUUUGGUGAAAGUACGCGAACAUAUGUUUUGCUGGGUCCGGAAGAACCACAAACGCAGCAAACAAUUAAGCCUAAGCCUCAAUCGAAGCCAGCACCUGAAACUACGGGCGUUACUUGGGGUUUUUCAGAGGAUGCCGAAGAUGAAAACGAGCUUUUGGUAGCUGUAGCAAAAGAAUCUUGGAAACGUGACGAAAAUGCUUAUUAUUAUAAAGAUCCGAAAAAAGCAUUAAGGAAUUGGCUUGAGAAUCGAGGUUAUGACAUGGAGUUUGAAAGCGAACAAGAGGGACCAGGCCAUGCGCGCAUUUUUACUUCUCGCAUUCAAUUACCUGAUGUUGAAGAUGCAUAUGGACCCGUUUAUGGUAUAGGAACCGGAUCAAAGAAACGAGAUGCUGAUAGACAAGCAGCAAUUGAUGCUUGUGAAAAAUUGGAUAUGUUAGGCCUUUUGCGUGCAGGGCAAGACGAAGCUGCGGCAAGGAAAAAAAGACUUCAGCAUUUGUUAGAUGUCGAGAGUGACGAUGAGGAUAGCUUUUAUGAUCGAACCGGUCAAAAAGACAGAUUAAAAUCAAAAAAGUCUCAGCCGGCACAAAAAGUUGAGACAUAUGAAUCUCUAAUAAAACAACGAGAAGAACUCUUGGUUAGUAUUGAAGAAAUACGAAAUAAGAUACAUCAAGUCGCUGAAUCAGGAACAUCAACAACCAUAGCUCUUACCGAUGAUGAUUUGGAUAAUUACAUGGAUGUGAUUAGAAACGAAAUUAAAGAUGAAUCUACUGCUAAUUUAGAGAACACACUGCAAGAUUUAUUAAAGCAAGAACAACGUCUUGCCAGACUUAUAGAAAUUACAAAACCCCUUGACAUUAUGCAGUAUGAUAAUAAUUCAUCCGUUGUACCAAAUUUACAUGCUAUCAAUGAACAAGAAUUAUCGGAUAUUAAAAAAAAUUUGGAAACAAUACCGACAGAACAUAUCGAAAGAUCAUCCUUAAUAGAAUCAGAUAUACCGGAACCCGAAAAAUCAGAUAAAGUAACGUCAUUGAUAGUCCCUAAAAAAAGAGAAAUUUCUCAAGAAGAUUCAACUACAAAUAGUGAAAAAGAGAAGAAAAUUAAAGCGUUGAUGCCAAUGACACCAUAUGAAUAUGAAGAACAGCAAAAAAAGGCUCAAGAAUUAAAUGAACUUGAAAUUGAAGAUGCAACAAUUUGGGAACCGCCUCAGGGACAAACAGGCAAGAAAAAAUUCUUAUCUUUAUCAAUUCUAUGA